AUGCCCGGCUGCUCGCUCGUUGCGAUCCUCGACUUGAAGGGCAAGUCCCUCAUCCAGCGGUCUUACCGCGACGACAUUCCCCCCACCACCAUCGAGCGGUUCCUCCCUCUCGUCCUCGAGCAAGAAGAGGAAGGGCACUACGUGACGCCGUGCUUCUCCAGUCAGGGGAUCAACUACCUCCAUAUCCGACACAACAACCUGUACCUCGUGGCGUUGACGAAGAAGAACUCGAAUGCGGCCGAGAUCCUGACGUUCCUGCACAAGCUCGUCUCGGUCUUGACCGAGUAUUUCAAGGAGCUGGAGGAGGAGUCGAUUCGGGAUAACUUCGUCAUUAUCUACGAGUUGUUCGACGAGGUGAUGGACUUUGGAUACCCCCAAACGACCGAGAGCAAGAUCCUGCAAGAAUACAUCACGCAAGAGUCGCACAAGCUCGAGGUGCAGGUCCGACCGCCAAUGGCUGUCACAAAUGCGGUGUCGUGGCGAUCCGAGGGCAUUCGGUACCGCAAGAACGAAGUCUUCCUGGAUGUGGUCGAGUCGGUCAACUUGCUGGUCAACGCGAACGGCAACGUCGUUCGCAGCGAGAUUCUUGGAGCGAUCAAGAUGAAGUGCUACCUGAGCGGAAUGCCCGAACUGCGGCUGGGCUUGAACGACAAGGUCAUGUUCGAGACGACUGGGCGAACAUCACGCGGCAAGGCGAUCGAGAUGGAAGACGUCAAGUUUCACCAAUGCGUCCGCCUCUCGCGCUUCGAGAACGACCGCACCAUCUCGUUCAUCCCGCCCGACGGCGAGUUCGAGCUCAUGUCGUACCGCCUCAACACUCAGGUCAAGCCGCUCAUCUGGGCCGAGGCGCUGAUUGAGCAGCACUCGGGGAGCAGGAUCGAGUAUGUGGUCAAGGUCAAGGCGCAGUUCAAGCGCCGCUCAACCGCCAACAACGUCGAGGUCUUCAUCCCCGUUCCCGACGACGCCGACUCGCCCAAAUUCCGCGCGUCAGUCGGUACCGUCCACUACGUCCCGGAGAAGUCGGCGUUCGUGUGGCGCAUCAAGCAGUUGGCGGGCGGGAAGGAGUUCUUGAUGCGGGCGCACUUUGGGUUGCCGAGUGUGAGGGGAGAGGACAUGGACAAGCGGGCGCCGAUUUCUGUCAAGUUUGAGAUUCCCUACUUUACCGUCUCGGGCAUCCAGGUCCGCUACCUCAAAGUCGUCGAGAAGUCCGGCUACGCCGCCCUCCCCUGGGUCCGGUACAUCACCGCACAAGGCGACGACUACUCCCUGCGGACAAACUUGCCGGCUGCGAAGGGCGCAAAGGCACCUGGAAUCGUCUAG